AUGGGACGGCAUCAAAUCCUCGGCCUCCUAUGUUUCCUAUUCUUCUUACAUUCCUCCCCUCCCUUUGCCACGCCCCUUUGCCCUCCUGACCAGCGUGAGGCCUUGCUCCUUUUCAAGAACUCCUUCGUGCUUGACAGCAAGGUAUCCAACUACAGUUGCGACCAGUAUCUUCAGCUCACCUCUUACCCGAAGACAAACUCAUGGAACAAGAGCAUCGACUGCUGCUCAUGGGAUGGUGUCACUUGCAACGCUUCCACCAGUAACGUCAUCAGUCUUGAUCUUAGAUGCAGUUGGCUUAGUGGUGCUCUUCAUUCCAUUAGCUCCCUCCUCCUCCUUCCCAAUCUUCAAACCCUCUACUUUUUGGGUAAUAACUUUGUUAGCACACACAUUUCACCUGAUCUUAGUGCAUUUCCAGAAACGACUCAUCUGCAUCUCUCUCAUUCGACCAUUUCGCUUCAGGUGUUGAGCUUGCCUUUUUGCAACUUGACCAAGUUCCCCUAUUUCUUGAAUUCAUUAGAAAAAUUACAAGACUUAGACCUCUCUAACAAUAGGAUAAGUGGGGAGAUCCCAAGGUGGUUUUGGGGAAUAAACCAUGAUACAUUGCAACGCUUAGAUCUUUCAAAUAACCUACUGGAGGGAGCUAUACCACAACUGCACUGGAACAGAUUGUUGCAUAUUGAAAUUCAGAACAACUCAUUCCAAGGAUCACUCCCCAUUCCUCCACCUUCUACUGUUACCUUUGAUGCCUCUGACAAUGGCUUCACCGGUGAGAUUCCUCCUUCAAUUUGCCAGUUGAGUUCACUUUGGUCUUUAUAUUUGUCGAAUAAUAAUCUCUCUGGGUAUUUGCCGCAAUGUCUUGGUAAUAUAACCGAUCUCGUUAAAAUAGACUUGAGUAGCAAUAAAUUACAAGGGCCAUUACCGCGCUCCCUAAUCAGAUGUGUAAAAUUAUAUUCACUCAUACUCAGUCACAACGAGUUCAGUGACAUCUUUCCACACUGGCUGGAAGCACGGCAACUAGUUUUCCUUGAUUUGCAAUCCAACAAACUUCAAGGUAGGAUAAACCUCACUGUCUUUGGGCUCUCUUUCCCUGUCCUUAGAUCUUUUUCUGUUUCCAACAACAAUUUGACUGGACAAUGGCCCACAAAUGUUUUCUCAAACAGCUCAUUAGAUUUAAUAGAUUUGUCAAACAACCAGUUUGGGGGACCAAUUCCGCUUCCAUCUCUCCUCACAAAUUAUUAUUCCAUUGCAAGUAAUAAGAUAACAGGAAAUAUUCCUUCUUUGAUAUGCAAUGCCACUUUUCUUCAGAUCAUCGACUUGUCUAACAAUGGCUUAAUAGGUAGGAUGCCCCGAUGCUUAACAAAUUCUAGCAUCGGUCUGUCGAUUUUGAAAUUGCGAAUGAAUCACUUUGAGGGAACACUUCCUGUCUCAUUUUGUUCUAGGCGAAGCUUGUUGACUCUUGACUUGAGUCGAAAUCAAUUUGAAGGCACAUUGCCUCGGUCACUUGUCGAAUGUAAAUAUCUGGAAGUUCUUGAUCUUAGUGACAAUCGGAUAGAGGACACGUUCCCGAAAUGGUUGGGGACACUCCAAGAAUUAAAAGUUCUCAUUUUGAGGUCCAACAAUUUUAAAGGUCUUUUGAAUAUUUCCCGAGGAGCUCAUCUCUUUCCCAAGUUACAGAUUUUAGACAUCUCCAACAACAACUUUGGUGGUCCUUUGCCUGCCAACUUGAUGACGAACCUGAAAGCCAUGAUGAACGGUGAAAAUGGGCAAGACAAACCAUUGUAUAUGACACAGUCUCUCCCAACAAUGUCAUAUGAAAGUUCUGUGACCGUAACCAUGAAAGGACUACAGAUUGAGCUAGUGAAGAUCUUGACCAUCUUCACAACCAUCGACUUAUCGUGUAACUCUUUCCAAGGAGACAUUCCCGGAGUCUUUGGACACCUUCACGUUCUCAUUGGGCUCAAUCUUUCACAUAACCAUCUUACAGGUUCCAUCCCUUCAAUUCUAGGGAACUUGACUGAUCUUGGAUGGCUUGAUCUUUCUUCAAACAAUCUUAGUGGGGUUAUUCCUAGAGAAUUGGGAGAUUUAACAUUUCUUGGUUACCUAAACCUCUCCAAGAACCAACUCAUUGGUCGAAUUCCUCAAGACAAGCAAUUGAGCACAUUUUCAAACAACUCAUUUGGUGGGAAUCCUGGCUUAUGCGGAGCUCCAUUGCCAAAAGCAUGCCCCAACGAUGCCCAACCUUCUCCACCAUUAUCUUUUCACUGCAAAGGGCAUGAGAGUUGGUUCAAACAGAAAGUGGUGUUGAUAGGUUAUGCAUCUGGAAUUGUGAUUGGGAUUUCCUUAUCAUACAUGGCAUUUGAAACGGGAAGGCCCAAAUGGCUUGCACGAGGUGUAAGAAUGCUGGAGAUAAGAGCAGCCAAAUGGGUGAAGAAGCCAAAGAGGAAGACUGUCAAAUUUCAUGGACAGUGA